GUUUCUCAGGGCGGCGGCGGCGGCGGCGGCGGCGGCGGCGGCGGCGGCGGGGACGCGGCUGGCGCUGACACCAUGAACCCGCUGUAACGCGCAGGCUGCGCGGUGCGGGGGAAGUGGGGAGGAGGAGGACACGGCGGUGAAGUUCUUCGCCAUGAACCUGAGGGGCCUUUUCCAGGACUUCAAUCCGAGUAAAUUCCUCAUCUAUGCCUGUCUGCUGCUAUUCUCCGUGCUGCUGGCCCUUCGUCUGGAUGGCAUCAUUCAGUGGAAUUAUUGGGCUGUCUUUGCUCCCAUAUGGCUGUGGAAGUUAAUGGUCAUUGUCGGAGCCUCCGUUGGAACUGGAGUCUGGGCACGAAAUCCUCAAUAUCGAGCAGAAGGAGAAACAUGUGUGGAGUUCAAAGCCAUGUUGAUUGCUGUGGGCAUCCACUUGCUCUUGUUGAUGUUCGAAGUGCUGGUCUGUGACAGGAUUGAAAGAGGAAGCCAUUUCUGGCUUCUGGUCUUCAUGCCGCUGUUCUUUGUUUCCCCGGUGUCUGUUGCAGCUUGUGUCUGGGGCUUUCGACAUGACAGGUCACUAGAGUUGGAAAUCCUGUGUUCUGUCAACAUUCUCCAGUUUAUAUUCAUUGCCUUAAGACUGGACAAGAUUAUCCACUGGCCCUGGCUUGUGGUGUGUGUCCCCCUGUGGAUCCUCAUGUCCUUCCUGUGCCUGGUGGUCCUCUAUUACAUUGUGUGGUCCGUCCUUUUCCUGCGCUCUAUGGAUGUGAUCGCGGAGCAGCGACGGACUCACAUCACCAUGGCCCUGAGCUGGAUGACCAUUGUGGUGCCGCUGCUGACUUUUGAGAUUCUGCUGGUUCACAAACUGGAUGGCCACAAUGCUUUCUCUUGUAUUCCCAUCUUUGUUCCCCUGUGGCUCUCGUUGAUCACACUGAUGGCAACCACGUUUGGACAGAAGGGAGGAAACCACUGGUGGUUUGGUAUUCGCAAAGAUUUCUGCCAGUUUCUACUUGAGAUCUUCCCAUUUUUGAGAGAAUAUGGAAACAUUUCUUAUGAUCUCCACCAUGAAGAUAAUGAAGAAACAGAAGAGACACCUGUUCCGGAACCUCCUAAAAUUGCUCCCAUGUUUCGCAAGAAGGCCAGGGUGGUUAUCACCCAGAGCCCUGGAAAGUACGUCCUGCCACCUCCAAAACUAAAUAUCGAAAUGCCAGACUAACGGUCACUAGUGGACCAGAGCACAGGUGCCCGGGACACACAUCCUCCCCGCUUCCUCUGCACCUGCUUUACCCCAGACCAGAGUGGAGCUGGGGCUCCAGGGACAGCCUCUCCUAUGCCAUUUGCUUCAGUACUGAUCAGCCACCUGCCACAGAGGGACACAGGUGGCUAGUAAUGGGUGGUGUGUGCAGAGAGAGAUGCCAGGGGGUGGGGCAUGCGAGAGAAGGAGGAACCUGAUUGCCCCAAGAUGGGCACCAGCCCUGUGGUACCUCAUCAGUGGUGGCACCUCCAGAGGCCUGCGGAAGAAGCGUGUGUCAACGGGGCAGCUUUCCCAAGUGCUAUAAUCCCUAUCGAAAGUGUUGCUGGAAGAUAUGGUCUCCAUGGGGCUGCGCCCUAGUCCAGCUCUGAGCCGUCCGCUGCCUGCAGCCCGCAGGACUGGAACUAGAUCCGAGUGCACCUGGUGUGCAGAUGUAGCACAGCCAUGCCUUCCCUGUCCCUCCUCUGCAGGGGUUUCCCUCUGAGCAUGAUGGGCACAGGUUUUCAUGGCCUCGUCCCUGAACCCUUCCCCAUGGAGCGAGUGACUCCACACCUGUAUAGUAUUUAUACAAAUAUUUUAGCAUUGUAAUAUACAGUUUCAAAUCCCGGUUCUGUACAGCAUACUCUGUUCAAAGUAUUUUUUUACAAGCUUGCCCUGGAGACAGACAUGUUGUGUGUGGAAACUGAAGCAGGCGGCCAGCUUACUUGGCCCCAGAGGAGUGGAGACCCACAUGGAGUAUGGCCAUUUGUGCACUGGAAGUCCUUCAGGGGUUUAGUGGCUGCUCCCGCCAGCACAACCACAAGCAAGAAAUGGCAUGUGCUCCCCUAACCCACAGGGACCCUGGCCAGCAGAACCCUAGAAAAUGCUGCCUGAGGCUGAGAUACCAGAGAAGGUGAUAAAGAGCAGAAAGCCCAGAGGAGCACUCUGGCUGCCAGCAAGCAGAGUAUGGGCCAGCAGGCCAGUGCUGGCCUUGUGGCCGUGGUAUGCUGGGCUCUGCUGCUGCCACUCAUAUCUGGGUGCUGCAGGUGCAAUGGCCUUUCCCCUCGAGUCAAGUAGGUCAUUUUUUAGAGGCUCAAGAGGAGCAAUGACCUUCUGAUCCUGGAGCCAAGGCAGGCUUUUGAGUGACCAGCUGCUCAGUAGCCUGAGUUGGGAAGAAGUAACAUCCGCCUGCUCCCUGUCCCUGCCCCUGCCCUAGCAGUGGCCUCCAGCAUCACUGGUCUGUUUCAGAGGAAAGCAGGAUGAAUGUUGCAGCACUUACUGCUCGGUGUGUGAAAACUGUAGCUAAGCCCACUAUUUUUGCUGCCUGUAGUUGUCUAAUAAACCGAUUCCUCAUUUUA